GAAAAGAAAGACGCAGCUGGCCAGAAGAACGUUCAGAAGGACUUCUAGGCUGAACUACAUUUUCCAAUCGGUGGAGGAAAACUAUUUAACGUCAUCACUCACUGGCACAUGCGCAAAAGGCUAGGAAUGAGGACGAGUAAGCAACAAGAACAAGCAACGCAGCUAGCUACCAAGAAGAUGAGUGUGUGACCCAGACAGGGCCAAGAAAACACAGCUUUCGGACACCAUGAAUCCUGAAUAUGACUACCUGUUCAAACUGCUUCUGAUUGGUGAUUCAGGGGUGGGAAAGUCUUGCCUCCUGCUUCGAUUUGCGGAUGACACCUACACGGAAAGUUUCAUAAGCACCAUCGGCGUGGACUUCAAAAUCCGAACUAUUGAAUUGGAUGGCAGGACCAUCAAACUACAGAUUUGGGACACUGCUGGUCAGGAGCGGUUUCGCACCAUUACCUCCAGCUAUUACAGAGGAGCCCAUGGUAUCAUCGUUGUCUAUGAUGUAACAGAUCAGGAGUCUUACAACAAUAUAAAGCAGUGGCUGCAGGAGAUUGGCCGCUAUGCCAGCGAGAAUGUCAACAAGCUGCUGGUGGGUAACAAGUGUGACCUCACCACCAAGAAGGUAGUAGACUACACGACAGCCAAGGAAUUUGCUGACUCUCUAUGCAUCCCCUUUCUGGAGACCAGUGCGAAGGACGCAACUAACGUGGAGCAAUCCUUCAUGACCAUGGCGGCUGAGAUUAAGAAGCGCAUGGGGCCUGGGGCCACGGCAGGAGGAGAGAAGCACAACCUGAAGAUUGACAGCACUCCAGUGAGGCAGUCUGGAGGAGGAUGCUGUUAGGACGGUCCUGCCCUCUCCUCUCACCCCCAGAGGCCCAUGAGUAGAGUAACAGUAUUGGGUUGAAGUUGGGGUACUUCUGACAGAACAGGAAAAUAUGAUGGUGGGAUCUUCAAGAACUGGCUGACAUUUUUUACCUCUUGACCAAUGCCCAUAAUUGAGUGAGUAAGAAAGUUUUUGUGCUGAAGGAAUAGUCCCCCCUCAACUCUUAAAAAAAAUAUAUAAAAAAAAUAAGAAAGAAAUUUCAACGAUAUGCACAGAAGUGGAAAUAACUUAAUAAAACAAAUGUGAUAAAGCAACUGAUGAUUGUAACUAAUCCAGCACUUUCUGUCUCAUGUAUCACAAUUUUUUUUAACACAUAUAUAUAUGUAUAUGUAUAUGUGUGUGAUUGAAAGAAAUCAUGGAUGUUCUUUCAAAUAUGGUUGACUAUAUUACUUAAUAAGGCCUGUGGAGGUGUGGUAUAUGGUCAAUAUACCACGGCUAGGGGCUGUUCUUAUGCACGAGGCAACGCGGAGUGCCUGGACACAGCCCUCAGCCAUGGUAUAUUGGCCAUAAAUCAAUGGGCCCGUGCACACAAACACGAUAUAGGGCUGCUGUUGAGGAAAAGGAGAGGACAUGGUGAAGUCAAAACAGUUUUCGCAACCUGGGGAUCACGUGGUAAAUGGAAACCUGCCAUCAUGGUGUUCACAUCUUUAAUGUCUGAUUUAAUCAUUGCUAUAUGAUACUAUUACAUGGUGGUUUUAUUACUGUGAUGUUUGUUUUUUGUUUCUCUGUUUUCUAAUCUAGAAUGUGUAUAAUCAAUUAUGUUGUUACCUAAUGAUUGAGUGCAUAACCAAAAGCUGACAGCAUUUGGUUCUUUCUGGAGUGGAAGCUGGCUAUAAACAGGAGGGAAUUAAGGCA